AUGGGGAAGAUCACCUUCUACGAGGACCGGGGCUUCCAGGGCCGCCACUACGAGUGCAGCAGCGACCACUCCAACCUGCAGCCCUGCUUCAGCCGCUGCAACUCCAUCCGGGUGGACAGCGGCUGCUGGAUGCUCUACGAGCAGCCCAACUACUCGGGCAGCCAGUACUUCCUGCGGCGCGGCGACUACCCCGACUACCAGCAGUGGAUGGGCCUCAACGACUCCGUCCGCUCCUGCCGCCUCAUCCCCCAGACCAGCUCCCACCGGCUGAGGAUCUACGAGCGGGAGGACUACCGAGGCCAGAUGGUGGAGCUCACGGAAGACUGCUCCUCGCUCCGCGACCGCUUCCACUUCAGUGAGAUCCACUCCCUCCACGUGCUGGAGGGCUGGUGGGUCCUCUACGAGAUGCCCAACUACCGGGGGCGGCAGUACCUACUGAGGCCGGGAGACUACAGGCACUACCACGACUGGGGGGCCCUGGAUGCCAGAGUGGGCUCCUUGAGGAGGGCCGUGGAUUUCUAUUGAAAUAU